AGUUACGUAAUAUCUAUGAGUGAUGCGGUAAUGUAAAAUGUGCAGACGAUUUUCAUAAGUUCUCUUAUACUGUCGGCGAUGUCAGUGAAAUGAAUUUUAUCUUUGAAAUUUUAAUAUGUUUUAGAGGACACUUAUCUUAAUUUUUUUUCAACAUCAUACGUUCACAUUGUUGCAUGUACUUUGAGGUUUAAAAUGGAAAUACGAAAACUUACGGAAUGUUUAGAAAAAGUUUCAAAAGUUAUUUGUGUAAUUCUGCUUUGUUAUUGUGAUUUGUUAUCAUUAGCAGGCAGCAACAUUUACUUGCCGGAAGUAUCCACUGCAGAAAUCAUCGGGUCUGAUGUUUUCUUCGAGAUUAUAGAACCAAAGGAAUUGGAAUACACGUACAGGAUUCGACCAGCAAAAGAUUUUGGAGUGACAUUUAAUGAGACAUUUUCUGGGCGCAGUGUUCCACUGGUACCGGUUGACCCUCCGCACGGUUGUAGCUGGCCUCAGAAUGCUGAGCAGCUGGAAGGAAGCGUUGCUUUGAUCGACAGAGGGGACUGCUCCUUUCUGAGCAAGACACUGCGUGCAGAGCAGGCUGGUGCGCGGGCCGUCAUCGUGACGGAUAGUUUGGAGGACCACGACGAGCUCUACAUAGAGAUGAUAGAUGACAACACGGACCGGGAGGUCCACAUCCCGGCUGGCUUCCUCGUUGGCAAGAACGGGAUUAUGAUAAAACGGACAUUGGAGAAACUUCAGAGGGUCUACGCUGUCAUCAACAUUCCAGUUAAUUUGACGUUCACCUCAGCGUACAAAAUAAAUGAGCCUCCGUGGAUGGUUUGGUAAAGUUAUAGGCAGUAAAUGGAGGCUGACUGAUACACAAUGCAUAUUGAUAUGGUAUGUGACAACAUGAGGUUAAUAUAGUGUCCCUGCAUUAUAUUAUAUUGUACUUCAUUUUGGAACACCAGUUCUGUAUACAUCUACUUGUAGGUGUCAUACAAGUUUUUUAUAUUAUAUUGUGCCGUUUAAAAGGUAAAAUUAACUAGGCAUUGGCUUGCAGCUAUUUGAUAUGUAUAGUUACGUUACAAUAUUAGGUAGUCUCUGGAGGUGUGUAGAUCUGUGCUGUGUGGUUUAAUAUAUUUGACCUAAACAACAUAGUCUGCAUUUUUCCUGUGAUGUGUACAAAGAAUUAAUGUUCCUUCUCACACAAUAUGUUUAACUUCAUUUUCUUGUUGUUGCUGUUAUCAAGGGCUAUUUAUGUGAGUUGAUCUCGAUAGCUCUCUUGCAUUUUAUGUUUCUUUACUAAUUUGAUCACCAUACCAAAUCUAUAAGCAAUAAAAGGUAAUGUAAACAUUCAUAAUUAUAGUAAUUACUUUUGUGACAUUUUACAGCUUGAAAAUUAAGUUAUUUUAUAUUGUAAUAAAAUUUGUAACCAAACAAAUGCAAGAUGGCUAUAAAUAGGAAUAGCCCAUUAGCAAUGACUCUAAGAAGGCAUGUGAGUUGGUGAUAUCAGUGACAUGUAUGUACAUCAAAAGCAUGAAUAAUAUCACGGCCAUAAGUAAUAGUCCAUUAACAUUUUAGUCAUUAGCCUAUUUAGGGGCAUGUUACUGUAGUUCCAAGCCUGCAAGUCACAAGUCUUUAAAUAUACAAAAACAUGUGAUAAGACUUAUAAGUUUAUAACUUAUACAACAACACUGUAAUGUUUAUUUCACUUGUAAAGAAGGCUCUGUUAUGUAAAUACAUGUUCUUCAAAUAGGGAAAUAAUGUUUGUGUCUGCAAUAUUUUUGUACUUAGUCAUUAGAGGCAGUGUACAAACUUUUGAACUCCAGUUUUCUGAUAACUGUGCAUUGUUUUGAAACCAUAAACUAGUCAAGAUACAGCACGGUUUCAUCAAAAAGUUGAGGCAGGAAUUUCAGUAGCAACACAACAAACUUUAGCAGGCUUUUAUGGUUGUAUGUAGGAAAUAGGUCCUGAUUAUUACACAGAUAACUUUUGUAUAAUGCUUUACCCAAAUGCAUUGUUAAAUUGUGGAAUCAUCAAAUAAACUUUCGAUUCAAUUGCUGCACAGCGUUUUGCUUAUUUGUUUGGGUUGUACGACACAUGGUUGUGCACACAGUCUUACUCAGUUCUGAUUGGUCAAUGCUAAGGCUUGGGAUCAAAGCCACUAUCCUCGCCAGGUAAGUGUGGAUGUCUAGCUGUAAAAAUUGUGCCUCUCGUAAGGAAAGUUGUACACCAAGUUUUGAUAUUAUGUAGCUGGGCUGGAUUCCAGUAUUUCCCGGAAAAAAAAGGGAACGUAUCUUUCCCAAAAGGUGGGCUUGAAAUUUCUUUUUUCCUGUUUCUUGAUUUUAUUCUGGUAAAGUGUAUAUACACAUAUGUCUAUGCACUUGAAAAUGCUCUAUUUUGAGCAGUUCAAACUCAAAACAUUAAAAGUGGCAUAAAAAAUAUUCGUAGACACGAUUUUAAACCAGCACUUAUUCAGCAUUUGACACAUUCACCAAUAAUAAAACCUAAACCUGUCAUAAACCUUUGUUUGGUAUCACCUACUGGUAUCUGAAAAAAAUAUAAACAAAAUUGGCUUUGACUACGAAUUACAUCAACAAAAACACGGGAACUGUAUAUUGUGCUAUGGAUAAAAUGUUAACACUUUAGUUGAAACUAUGUUUUAAUUGUUAGUUAUGAUCAAUCAAUCACAAUAGUCAUACAGUAGUAGCUUACUUACUGCAUUUAUCUAAACACUUUAUAGAUGUUGUGACUUAUGCCUUGAAAGUAACAUAAACAAAUGUAAACAUAAAUAAAGAUGCCACAAUUGAGUGGAAAUUCCCUGUUAAUGUGUUUGUAAUAAUAUUGCUGAUGGGUAUGUAGCAGACAUAAAUAACUAAAACUAGUGAGUGAAUAACUUGAGUUAAAAGCAAAUUAGGCUUUUUGUUUGAUUUUGUGGUUAUAAAAUAAAAUAAGGUUAGCCUUAUUUCAUGGUAUUUUGUGGUCCUUCAAAAUUAAAUCCUUCUAUCAAUGUAUAAUCACUAACCAUGGGCCUACACAAUAAAUAGGACAACACUUUUCCUUUGAAAUAGUAUUAACAUUUUUGAAAUUUGUUACCUCAAAUAAUUCUCGAUCCCAUCCCGUUUACCAUGGGAAAUUUUCCCGAACAAAAUUCAUUACCUUCCCAGCUCUAAUAUUAAGCCUGGUAUUAUAGUAGCAAACAUUUUGAUUGUAAUGCUGUUAAUAUUGGUAUAAUGAUCAGUUUCAACGUUCUAUCACAAACAACAACUUUUUUAGUUGCAAUUUUCUUAUAAAAAGUUGAUUAUUUUAUAACUUAAUAACACAAUUUAAACUCCUUCCCUUACCUUCCCCCAUGUUUAAGCCAAAAAUAAAAAAUAAUAAUGUGGCAAGAACAUUCCUUUCAUUCAAUCAGUAAACAUAAGGCAUUAAUGAACUUGGAGGAAGAAUGGUACAAAAUAUAUUUUAGGCUAAGUGUUGUGUUAUUACAGAAUAAUUAUUUUUCCUAUGUGUUCAUCUCUCCUGAAGUAGUGUGCCAUAGUCCCUGAUCAUUUCUCCAUGUGCCUAUUGGAAUUGUAAAUAAUGCAUGUUGUAGAUAUUGUAUUUAAUACUGUUCAGUGCUCAUUUUUGUCUUCAGCCGGUAUUACAAUAGCCCAUCACCUUUGUCUGUCCUUCAGUAAUGUAACCUGCAGCCAAUCAGAUGGUUCAGAACAACUCUUGUCUCUCCAUGAAAAGCUUGGGAAACUCGUAUUUUUGAUGGGUGGACAGAUGGAAUUACGUACAUACAUAAAUACAUACACUGUAGGUUGCAUCAAACAACUGUUAUCAGAAUACAAGCAUGUGGAGUUUGUUUUUGUUUGUGCAACUGUUUUGCAUAAAAGCAAUAACAUUUUGGCGUUAAAUCUCACAUCCAAACAAUUCAAUAAUUAUGAUAAUUUUUUUACGAUAAUUUGCUAAUACAAUACAUAUGAGAACAGGACCUAAAAAGCAAACAAAAUUAUGAUAAAUCUCCGAGAGAGAAAACAUUGAUCAUUGGCUGCACGGGUUUGGAAAAAUAUUUUACAGAUGGAUGAAGUAGUGUUGUUAAUUGCUUGGCUAGCUUCACGGAGCUGACAGACAGAAGGGCAUCAGAGACAACAGGUUAUUGUAAUUCUGACUAGUGGAAUAGUGAAGUAGAUCAUCAUGUUAUGUGUACGUCGAAAAAUAAUGUAAAGACUACCAACAAAAUUUAAAAAAUUAAAUUAGAAUUUCUGUAUUUUUCUUAUUGUUCCAAGAGCACCUAACCGGUUUAAUUUACUAUACAUAUUGUGUUUAAAUGUUGACUUCUGUUGUACAGGUUCUUAAUUUGAGAAUAAAAUUUUCUUAUUUGUUGGAA